AUGAAGUGUGCUGACUUGAGGGUGUCGUUCUCUCACUACCUUCAGAACUGGAUCAAGGUGGGCCCAGAUGGCCACAGGGUCGUGUCUUCUGGAGGGGAACAACCCAUCUUCAGUGCCAGAGCACACGUCUUCCAGAUAGACCCGGCCACCAAGAGGAACUGGCUCCCUGCCAGCAAGCAUGCAGUCACCGUCUCCUUCUUCUAUGAUGCCAACCGGACUGUGUAUCGCAUCAUCAGUGUGGGGGGCACCAAGGCCAUCAUCAACAGCACCAUCACCCCCAACAUGACAUUCACCAAAACAUCCCAGAAGUUUGGCCAGUGGGCUGACAGCCGUGCCAACACCGUGUACGGCCUGGGUUUUGCCACCGAGCAACAGCUUCAGCAGUUUUCAGACCAGUUCAAGGAAGUGAAGGAGGCAGCACGUCUUGCCAGGGAGAAAUCCCAGGAGAAAUUUGAACUGAUCAACCCUGCGCUAAAUAUCGCCGCCCCACAGAUCUCUCAGGAGCUGUCAGAGGACCGCCACUCGCCGCCGCUGCUGACUGUCAACGGGCCCGAGGACAAGCUGUUCCGCAGCAAGAGCGCCGACAUGGAGCAGCUGACGUCAGAGAAGGAGCGCAUCAAGAAGAUGCUGUCUGAAGGGUCCAUAUGUGAGAUUAACCUGGAGGCAGAGCUGUUCACCCUGCAGGAUAGCAACGCUAAGCUAGUGGCGGCACUUCACGAGGCUAACACUGGUGUGGUGGAGUGGAAGAAACAGCUGGCUGAGUAUCAGGAGGAGACUGAGAGGCUCCGAGAUCAGGUGGCAGAGCUGGAGGCUCAGAGCGGACAGCCUGGUCCCAGUGGGUCUGAGACGAGGGAUGAGCUGACCCAGUCCUUGGAGGAGCUGGAAGCCUUGCUCAAAGCAAAAGUCGAGGAAAUCCACAAUCUACAGAGCAAGAAAUCAGAUAUCCAUGAGUUGGAAAAAGAGAGGGAAGAGGCUGUUCAGAGACUUCAGGAUCUGGAGACACGGAACACAGAACUGGAGCAACGGGUGGAGAGCGCUGAGCAGACUCUAGCUUCCUCUCUGGAGGAGCGGGAACGGGCGGAGAGUGAGGUUCAGCGGGUCGUCGACGUUCUCGACGUCAAGAUCUACGACCUGAACGACCUGCGACAGAGCUUGGCCAAGCUCAUCAACAAAUAGCACACCACAAUGACAUAAUUUUUUAGGGCGAUGGACAAGGAAGGAAAAUUAAGCUAGCUCUUUCAGAACAAUGUUUGCUCAAUCACAUAACUGCAGUGAAUGAGAGUAGAAUCUUGGCUCCACCUGUUGCAGCCGUACAUAAGAACCAGUUCUAUUGUUAGGUGGGAGGCUGGGAGCAUAACCCACAGGGUCAGGUUUUCUAUUUAAACGUUGCUGAAGAGAAUUGUUCUGUUGACCUUUACACCAUUUUCAUGUAAAUUUCAUUAGGUUAUGAUUCUGUCAACCUGCUCUUAUAGAGGUUCUUAAACUUCAAAUAUAGUUUAAUUGAAUCUGGGCUUGCACUUAAAAAUGUAGGUGCCUAAUUAUUGUUUACGUUUGUCAGUAUUAUGAAUUAAUGAAUAGGUUUACUUCUAUUGUAUCACAUCAACAGUUGCCAUAAUAAUGAUUUGGUGAUCCUACAGAGACGUUACUGCAGAAUGCUCAGCUGCAGAGGACUUAUCACCAAAACUGCAUGAGCUCAGCAAAUAACCAUGCCAAGUACAGUAAUGUGAGUUAUGCGCAUUACCCAAAAUGCAAUCGUUUACAAAUAGAUUUAAAAGCACAAGUAGUGUUAUUAGUAAAUAUGUCCUGUACUUGAUUCAAUACAUAUAGCUAACUUGGUAUCUGAACUUUCACUGAUACACACCAAGAGAUUUUCUUCUGACCUAGACUUUGAGGCAUUUUUUCUUGGUAUUAAGUACAAAUAAGGUUAAAUCAGUGUUGAAUUAGCAAUACUAUUUUUUGACAAGUACUCUGUAGGUAAUGUAGCAUCACCAAAGCAUAUUCUUGUUCAUUUAUACAAACUGCAAUUGUAUUCUGUUGAACAAUGUGAUUUCUCAUUUUGCUUCAAAUGCACAUUGACUACCUAGAAGUGUGACUGACUAUCAAUUUUAAUCCAACAAUUGAUGUGUGAGGAUAAUCGGAAAGUUUCACCUGCUCUGUGUACUUGGAACAUGUUCGUUUUACAUUUUUACUAGCCCAUCUCUAACCUUCUGGAGAAAACAGUGGCCAUACAAUGUUUUCAUCCAACUGGAGUAACAAUACAACAUGCAGUACCAAAGAUGCACUAACUUUUCUUACCCACGUAGCUGGACGAAGCACACGCGUUCUGUACUACCUGGACUGGACCGCACAAUACAUUUUAGAUAAUGAAAAAAUUAUAAUAACUUUGUCUUGAAUUGCCUGUGUAAUUAUUCUGUCAUUAAAAUUGAGCGUAGGAUCUGAA